CUAGGAUUCAGCAGCAUUGAAGCGCAUCUCAUCUCCGAUUACCACAAUCACAACCAGAAAAGCUGUUUUUGGAUACAUUUAUUGCACAUUGGAAGAUUUCUGAACGAGGCCAGACGAUCAGGCUGUAUCUAGUUAUAGUACAAUGGAGCUGGUGCCAGAUUUGUGGAGGCAGGAGCUAUGGCUUCCUCCGGGGGUGACCUGGGAGGACAUGGAAAGCCUGGGACCAUCCGCACGCCCCCAACCCCAGGACCUGCUCCUCACGCUGCCCCUUGCUUUGGGCUUUGUCGUUCUGCGCUACCUAUUUGAGAGAUUCUGCGCCCCACCCAUGUCCAGAUGUUUGGGGGUGAGGGACAGGUUACAAGUGCCUGCAGCCCCCUCCCUUAAGCUGGAGUCCUAUUACAAACACCAGAGCAGAAAGCCCUCUCAGAAAGAAAUAAUACUUCUGAUGUCACAGUGUGGGAAAAGUCAGAGGCAAAUUGAGACAUGGUUCAGGCUACGCAGGAACCAGGACCGGCCGGGUCAGACCAAGAAGUUUGGGGAAGCUGCAUGGAGGUUUUUCUUCUACAGCGCAGCCUUUAUUGCUGGAUUAAGUUGCUUGAUUAAUAGGCCAUGGUUUUGGGACUUGAGGGAAUGUUGGAGACAAUAUCCUGUACAGGUGUUUUGGUAG